UCCUCGGAGGCCCUUGCUACCUUCCAUUCUUUUCCUUUUCUCGCGUUCUCUCUUUCUCUCUUUCUUUCUUUCCUUUUUUUUUUUUGCUUAUUCUACCUCCCAUUCCUUCCUCUUCCUUACGUGGAGUGUUCGUCCUCAAUUGACCUUUGUCCAUGCACCAUUCCAUGAGGUGCGCCUUUCUCCUUUGAAUCCCCCUUUGACCAGGCCUGGUUUCCAUGUUGUUGCGGGUUGUCAAAGCAGCCGGAGACGCGGCUGCCCUGUUGAGACAAAGUCAUGGACAGACCACGGCGCAUUGACGACCUCGCGGACGAAUUAAUCAGUGACAUUCUCUCAUUUCUUCUUGGAUCAGAACCUUCCUCCAACGAUACUUCUCCCACAAACAGCCACGGCUCAUCCUACAUGCCCAAUGGCAGUCCCAUCACUGAGCAUGGUGAAAAAUCCGACCUGGACCGAUUCAGACUGGUCUGUAAAAGGUUCAUGCGAAUCGCUACACCGUGGAAAUUCCCUCGCUUUGUCCUUCGCUUUUCGCGGGAUGGGUUUCGGAGGCUGGAGGAUCUUCUAGACAUGCAGCUGGCCUGCCAUGUGAGAUCUUUCACGUACAUGGUGCGACCCUUUUACCAAGGAAACGGCUGGUCCCAGGCUUUGAAUACAGUGGAAACACAAAACCCCGCAAUCUCACAAGUACACAAGGGCCGGCGCGAAGACCAGGAAUAUAUAAUCGCCGGUGACCAUGACAUGUUACUGUUGCGCCGCGCAAUAUUGGCAUUUUCGUCUCUCCGGCAAAUUAAAUUGCUUCGUCUGCAGGACGGAGCAGAUGAACAGUUGCUCGACUAUAUACGUGAGCAGUCUCUGGAAGAGACGGCUGGUUUGGACUGGGAACCAGCAUGCACGCGGGCGGUCACAAGCCUAGCAAUUUCUCUGUUAGAGUCCAACUGCACUUCCGUUCGUUUUGUCGGGCCUCAGAUUAGCCCAGAGUCGGCAGUUCGACUGCUACAGGCGCCCUCCAUGACGCUGUCGACCUUGGGCACUCGAUUAACAAGUUUAGACAUCACCUUCCAUUCAUCCCAAGACAUGACGAACAGCAUAAAGUCUGUCUCUAACGCCUUCCAUGACUUUUUCCUAUCCGCAAAGAACCUAGCGUCUAUACGUUUAGGCUUUCGGGCCAAUGCACCCCUCGAUCUCUCGCUGGAGCUCAUAUUCCAUCGCCUGCAGUGGAAAAGACUCCAUACACUCAGCAUCCAGGGCUGGCGUCUACAUUCAGAAGAGAUCAUCGCCCUCAUCCGCCGACAUAGGAGACAACUCCGCGACAUAGGGUUGGCUAGCAUCUACCUUCGUGGUGGUGGGCGAUGGCGGGAUAUCCUGUCCGUUUUGCACGACGAAAUGGACCAAGUAGAACAUAUAUAUCUCCGGGAUAUCGAUUACGCAGAUCACCUUGACUCGGAUUCUCCAAAUACCAACGGUCACACCAGCACGGCCAGCCCAUCCGUCCUCUCUAUCGUACCAGAACCCACCCUCUCCAUACCCCUCCAGCACACCAUUUUGAAUGGCGAUUACCCAUCCUUCGCGCCCUGCGGAAGCACUCGGCGUUCAUUUUCCGCGGCCACCCUAGAACGGCUGAGAGCACUGACAGCGAAUGACCUAGGUGAUAACGGGGUGAGUGUAAGACGCGAGCAGCGGUUGCUCUGGGAGGCAUGGGUGCUCUCAAGUCCCCGGAAUAUGUUACGACGACGACUCUAGCUUGAGCAUUGGUUUUCAAUGGGCGCAUGUUUGGAUGAUGGAGUGGUAAUGUUUUAGUCUUUUUUUUUGGUGUAUGCAUUUCGCAAUUUUUCAGAUAGUUCAAAAAAGUGCAGAGCAUUUUCAGACAAGUCGGACGAUGAAAGCACAUGGUUGUUGAGAUUGAUAGAAGCGUCAUGUAGUAGCCACCAUAGCUCAUUGUUUCUGCAGCCUUGGGGGCGGCCCAGAUUUAUGGUCCCGAAUAUCCAAUUCCAGGU